UCCACGGCUUCCGCAUUCGUCGAGGCACGUUCCGGUGACGUAUGUCCUCUUAGGUGAAACUUCCGGUUCCGUCGCUCUCUUCCCCGUCGCCCAGCCCUCGACAUGGCACCGAUCAUCAAGCCCAAGAAGCAUCUCUUCCUGAAGAAGUCCAAAAAAGGAGCUUCCUGGAAGUUUACGUUGGACCUCACCCACCCGGUGGAAGACGGCAUCCUGGACUCGGCCAACUUUGAGACCUUCCUCAAAGAGAGGAUCAAGGUCAACGGGAAGACCGGUAACCUUGGCACCGCCGUCCAGGUCGGCCGCAUGAAGAACAAGAUCAACGUCGCGUCGGACAAGCAGUUCUCCAAGAGAUACCUGAAGUACCUCACCAAGAAGUACCUGAAGAAGAACAACCUGCGUGAUUGGCUGAGGGUGGUGGCGUCGGACAAGGAGACGUACGAGCUGCGCUACUUCCAGAUCAGCCAGGAGGACGACGAGUCGGAGGCUGACGAGUAGGGCCCCGUCCCUGGGUGGCUUCAGCCCCUGUGGGGCCCCCAUCCAUCCAGCCAGGGCUCACACCACCUGCUGACCACAGAGACUGACGGUGUUCUGGAGGGAGGCUUGGGAACGGCGGUUCUGGGGGUCAAAGUGAACUUUAUUCCCCCAAAUAAAGGCCGGAAAAAAAACCCUCUGUUGUACAGCGUUUUGUUUCAGCGCAACGAUGUUCGUUUAACCCUAAAAUCUGUUACAUUUAUAAUGGCCCUUCUUGAUACCGAAUCAGCUAAGUUUUGGCAGCAGUUUCUUAGACCUUUUAGGAACCAUGUUAAGUUGGAGAUCGAAAAUAAUGUGUAAAUUGGAAAUUAUUACCUGCGUUAAUUUUACCUACAACACCUACUUGAUUUAUUGACUCUUGUCAAUGUGUCUUGCUGUAAAAUGCAUGCAUUACAAUAAAUAAGAAUCUUGGAAAAUGGCAGAGG